CAGUUAGCAGUCACAUCGUGCUGGUCUACGUUUUCUUUGGUGUGGGUGAAGGUUGUUAAAAAGAAUUCUACAGUUAAAGAAACAUUUUGGAAAACCUUGAAAAUAGCAGAUAACAUUAGCUUCCAAGCAGCGAAUGAAAAAGUAUCGGUAUUUGAAAACAUUGCCUAGGACAGUAUCGGUGAGCAGGCAGAUUUGUUCAAUACAGUGACAGUUGGAACAGUAUUAAAUUAGUUGUCACAGAAAGCCUGUACUUCUUGAAGAAUUGUGAAAAAAUUACUGUAAGAAAAUCGCCUGAAAGAUGAUGCAAGAAUAUGAACCGCAGACCAAACUUGAAUAUCGCAAUGCCUCUGGUAGGCAGGAGAACAGUAUAGCCAAUCAGCUAGUUUCAAUAAUAACGACUCCGUUUAAAAUGUUCUUCGAAAGUACUGAAACUGAGGUCAGACACGAAAGACCUUUGUCUAUGUCAGUUUCGACUGUGAAAAAACCAAGUAGACAGGAUGUUUGGAUGAAUGAAAAAAAGUCACUGCUGUCUUUAAUCGUAAAUAAAAUUUUAGACGUUUUACAACAACUGUUCAAGGGCGCAAAGAAUUAUGAAAACAUUCAAUUGUGUUAUUUCCUAAGCACUCAUUCUGAAAGACUAAGCUUUACUGAGUUUUGCGAAACUAUGGUUUCGAACAAGUUAAUAAGCUUAGAACUGCGCGCUAUGGCAAUGUCAUUUUUGGAACUCAAAGCAAUAGCAAGAGAUGAGAUUUAUAUAUAUUGGCAUGAUCAUCGCUCAUCGAUGAUAUCUAGUGCAGAAAUAAUCACUAAACUACGAAGGAAUGUAGAUGACAAUAUAUCAACUUACAGGAAGCAACUAUUGGAGAUAGCGCCGAUCCGUUUAGAAAACUUUCUCAAGACCUGCAGCAACGACCGAAUUCUCAUCGUUCAUAAAAAUGACGACGUUUUUCUCCAAUAUGACUAGCGAUUUGAAUAGAAACAUAUUUCAGAAGCCGUUGGAUGACCUCGCUGUUCGUUGGAUUAAUUUUGUGAAAGCGCUAACAGUAACUAACAAAAUUUUAGUUGAAGAAUUAACCAAUUCGACUUUCCAUCUUUUGGCGAAAAGCCUGCAAGAUUUGAUCGUUGACAUCAGUGACAGAACAGACCACAAAGCGGAAUUUCUUCUUAUCAGUAACAAUGAUGGAUGGCAUCCGAACAAAAAGAUUGUUUGGAAAUCUAAGAAUUCGUUCUCCAAAUGUUUGGAGCAGGAAUAUUUCUUGUUCUUUGAGCUCCUGAAAAAAUUCGAUCUAGGUUAUAAUAGUUUUGGAAUAUGCAGCAAACCUUAUAUCGAGAUGUUCAAGAAACGACACCAUUAUUUUAAACUCCGUCAACUCAUGAAAUAUUCUGAACCAAUUUUAGGAGACCGGGAAAAAAAAUUAUCAGAAAUAUCUGACGAAAAGUGCAUUUGGUUUAGUAUAAUGCUCGAAGCUCUUUUCAGAGCUCUGUCAGCGGAAUAUAACUUCGAUUGCUUCGAUACCAUUCUUCAGGGUUACGUGAAAUUUGUUAUUGAGACUCGUUCUGUUGGGAUGGAAAUGUUUCGUGUUAUUACUCACAGUACAAUCCGCUUCAUAAGACAAACUAUGACCUACAUGACACAGAAAGAUUGUUCCCAGAUUGACCACCAAAUUUUGCAAAAACAAUUCAACAUAAUGAAUGCUCAACUUAUUCAAUCCUCUCUCAUAACAAACGACUUUCAAAGUGUGGUAAAAGAGUUCAGCAUAUAUUGGGAAUACAGGGAAGAUAUUAUAACCGUAAUUCCUAACAAAAUACAUCUUCCGAAGAUGAAAUCACUGAAGCAGGCUUUACUGGAAAUCGUUUCGGUUGCGUUGGACAAAACUGUUCCUACGGAAGUCUUGAAAUCCUUCUUCGUAUCGUACAAUAAUUUUUUGAGAGUUUUAGAUGAAGUUGAAUUCGAUUGGUAUGUCAAAGCUAUACCUGGUGUCAGCAUGGAAACGUUAGAGGAUUCAAACUUAAUUAAAGUAAUCAAUAACAAAUGGGUCGAAACAUCGCGGAAAACUUAUCGGGUCAUAGCGGUGGAAAAAUUUACCAAAGCAGUAUCAGUGUCUCUUGAGAGUUCCUCAUACCCAAAGCACUAUACUAUUGAAGUUGUACUACAAUUGUUGUCGUACGUUAAGAUUCAACUAACAAGAACACAGUGGAAAUCAGGUGGCAAACUGUCUGAAACGGAACAAAUCGAUACGAGUAGAAAACUGCUUGAUGCCGUGAGAACGUGUUGUUUGAAACUUAAAAAACAACCCGAUUAUGGAUUAUUCGAAUUGUUCCUGAAUGAACGGAUUGAACCUUUCACGAAUGCCAUUAAUAACAGUAACUAUCAUGCAGACUUUUCAAAUCAAAUCUUCUGGACCAAGAAUCCGUAUUCGAAAUUUAUUCGAACACAAAACGAAAUAAACAUUGACGAUGCGCUGAAGUUGUUCGAAACAUUGAACAGCUCAUCCGAGAUAGCAGUUCUACGUUCUGCUUACCAAAAAUAUGAUGAAACUUUUCACCAACUCCUUGAGGAUUACCACGAUGGUCAAAAAGAUUUUUUUGCAGUUUCAGAAGCAUUUCAGGUUGUAAAGAAAGUUUUCGAUAUGAAAUUCCAAAAACCAUUUAACAGCUGGACUAACUAUGACAAACGAGAACAAAUACCAGAGCUGCUAGCAGGGUUGGCAGUUGUUUGGACUGUGAAAUCCCAGGUUGUUUCAGGAACUGAAAAGUUAUUCACACCCCGUAGCACUCAGAUUCUUUAUGUGCUUAGACUGCUGAGUGUUAAUCAACCGUCUGCAGGUGUUGAAAAUCAUUUCACACCGAUUAUAGGUGAAGAAGAAAAAUCAUUGGUCUUAGCUAUGACAGCUAUUUUACUGGCGUUGACAGGUCAUAAGCCUCGGAUAGUUUGCAGCAAUAACGAUCUGGCCUCGACGAUUAUGAAAAACUUCCAGUACUUCUUCAGCUUGUUUAGUGUUGAAAAUUCUAUUAUUUACGGUACAAAACAUAGAUUUGCCUAUGAGAUAUUUAAAAGUACGAAACUGGUAAACUUAACGAAAAUGUGGCUGGCCAAAAAGAAGACAAGAGAGCAUAAAUUGUUUCUCAAAAAUUCGCGUAAUUCAGUUCUUCUAAUAGAUGGCGUUGAUUGUUUUGUAUCUGCAUUUUGUAGGCUAAUUUUGACGUUCUUUCUUAUCAUAAUUGUUGGGAUCGCAAUUGGCAUAUGGUGUCGUAAUUCAUAGAAUGCAGGGUUUUGCAAUGAAUUGAA